AUGGGGGAAGGACAACUUGACAAUUGGACAUCACCAAUGGAUUUUCUUCUGCUGGGACUGGGAAAUGUCCCUGAACUCCAGUCACCACUUUUCUUCCUGACAUUCAUGAUCUACUCAGUCACCAUGGCUGGGAACAUCCUCAUUGUCGUGCUGGUGGUGGCAGUGCAGCAUCUGCACACCCCCAUGUACUUCUUCCUGGUCAACCUGUCCUCCUUGGAGACCUGCUACAGCUCCACCAUCCUGCCCCGGCUGCUGGCCAGCUUCCUGAAGGGGGACAGGACCAUCUCUGCUCAUGGCUGUAUCGCUCAGUUCUACUUCUUUGGCUCCUUUGUAACAUCUGAGUGUUACCUGCUGGCAGCCAUGUCCUAUGAUCGAUACUUGGCCAUCUGCCAGCCCCUGCUCUAUGCAAGCUUCAUGACCUGGAAGGUCUGUAUCCAGAUGGCAGCUGGGUCUUGGUUAAUGGGUUUUCUGCUGUCUGCUGUAGUCAUAUACCUCUUAUCCCAGCUGAAGUUCUGUGGCCCCAAGGCAAUUGACCACUUCUUCUGUGACCUUAUCCCACUGCUAGAGCUCUCCUGCAGUGAAACCAGAGUGGUCACGCUUGUAACUUUAUUGCUGUCUCUCCUAGAUCUGGUUUUCCCUUUCUUGUUUAUGCUGGCCUCCUAUGUGUGCAUCAUAGCUGCCAUCCUGAGGAUCCCAUCCAGAGUGAGCAGGCAGAAGGCCUUUUCCACUUGCUCCUCUCACCUCACUGUCAUCACUGUUUUCUACGGCACCCUCAUCGUUGUCUAUAUGAUGUCCCGAUCAGUCUCGCUAAGGCAACUCAACAAAGUGCUCUCCUUCUUCUACACCAUCCUCACGCCCCUGGUCAAUCCCCUCAUUUACAGCCUGAGGAACAGGGAGGUCAGGGAGGCCCUGAGCAAAGGGCUCAGGAAAGCUGUGGUCUGCAUACAGAGAUCAUAG